UCAGAGACAUCUCAGCUUUCGGGGAAAGUAUGGACUUCGAAAAAAUAAGAAAACUGAAGGAGAGAUGUACCUUGAGGAGGGACAUCAUCAAAGAGUUUCUGGCGGAAUUGCUCGGGACGUUUGUAUUAAUACUUUUUGGUUGUGGAUCAGUGGCUCAGAGUGUUCUCAGCAGAGGGCCACAGGGAGAAAAUCUCACCAUCCAUUUUGGCUUUACUCUAGGCGUAAUGUUGGCUGUGUACAUGGCAGGAGGGGUGUCAGGAGGACAUGUGAACCCAGCUGUUUCUCUGGCUAUGACUGUCCUAGGAAAACUCCCAUUAAUUAAAUUCCCUGUUUAUGUGGCAGCCCAAUUUUUAGGUGCCUUUCUUGGGUCUUGUGCUGUCUUUUGUCUGUACUACGAUGCCUUCACAGAUUUCUCUGGUGGAAAUCUAACAGUGACUGGUGAUAACGCCACAGCAGGGAUCUUUGCAUCGUAUCCACGAAAAAAUCUCAACUUGUUUAAUGGAUUCAUUGAUCAGGUGAUUGGCACAGGGGCCCUGGUCCUCUGUAUUCUAGCCAUUGUAGAUAAGAGGAAUAUUGGGGCACCUAGAGGAUUGGAACCGUUGGUCAUUGGCUUGAGCAUCAUGGCUAUUGCAGUGUCUAUGUCGCUGAACUGUGGCUAUCCCAUCAACCCUGCCAGAGAUCUUGGACCUAGGCUCUUCACUGCGAUGGCAGGAUGGGGAAAAGAGGUGUUCAGCGCUGGAGACGGCUGGUGGUGGGUUCCAGUCGUCGGACCAAUGGUGGGAGGUGUGGUCGGGGCUGUAAUCUACUACCUGAUGAUUGAGCUGCACCACCCUGAGCCUGAGAAGAACUUUGAGGAUGACAGAAGUGUGAAAGAUAAAUAUGAAAUGAACGCCGUAAACUAAAAAGAGAGGAAAAGAUUGUGUCUUUCCUUUGCCAAGCAAGGCGCUCUUAUUUGUUGCACACUUUCUUCUUCUGUCUUUUCCUCUAGACGUCUUUGACUCUGUCAUGGAUCAGAGAACAGAACUGUGUCCUGUGUCUAUGUUUUACUUCUCGUUAAUUUUCCAAACAUUAGGUAUUUCACUAAAAACGUAGUAAAACUUUUUUUACUAAUAUCAGGCAGCUAUUUAAAUGGAAUAUUGUCCAAACCCGCUUGUCGUUGGCAGGGUUGCAGGAGGCUCAAGGCCAAGCAUCUCAGGCCAUAGAAAGAAAAACACUUUGGAAAAAUGUCCAGUCCAUCUCAGUGUUACUACUGAAUACUUAAAGGGAUAGUUCACCCAAAAAUGAAAAUCCUGUCAUCAUUUCCUCACCCUCAGGCUGUUUCAAACCUGUAUACAUGUCUUUGUUCUGUUGAACACAAAGAAAUAGAUUUGAAAGAAUGUUAGAAAUUUUCACUUCUGGGGCAUCAUCCACUACCAUAGUAGAAACAAUAUUGUAUAUUAAUUUUUGUUCUGUUGAACACAAAAUGAGAUAUUUUGAAGAAUCAAUGAAAACAAACAGUUCUGUGGCACCUCUGGCUACUGUUUAAUUUGUCCUACUAUGGUAGUCAAUUAUGUUCCAGAACUGAAAAUUGCUAACAUUCUUCCAAAUAUCUUUCACUGUGUUCAUCAAAAUAAAGUAAUUUAUAAAGGUUUGUAACAACCUGAGGGUAAGUAAAUGAUGACUGAGUUUUCAUUUUUGGGUGAACUGUCCCCUUAAUUAAAUUUUCCUCGGUUUAUAUUGAUAAGUGAAGCAUAACAUGAGGAAUUCUUUGGCUUAGAAAAAUGGUGAAUAACCAGAAAAUGGAAAGCACAUUACAAAUGUUCAUUGAGCAAACAGAGUAAAACCUCAGGUAGGAUCCAUUAGACAUGGACCACAGAUAAAUAAACCUCUUGUGUGAUCAGGAUUUUUAUAGAUGGAACGCAUCCACAGGACAGCUUUCUUAAAGAAUCGGUAUUUUACAUUGGCACACCAGUGCCAGUAAAAAAUUAGGUGCUAACGGACACUCCAUAUUAUUACCCCUGGAAUGAUCUAUUCAUUAUCUUUCUCAGGUUUCCCUUUUUGUUGACACAGAUGAUGCAGGUUAUCCAGAAUAUGUAUAGAGAGCUGAAACGCUCCAGGGUAGUAAUUCCCUUCCUUUCUCUGUCACUCUUUCUUUUUUUCUGACCUAAUACGUUAUAUAUUUUUAUCUUCUCAUGUUAGCUUGCACAGAGCAUCCACCUAACUUAUAUAACUUGCCAUUAGAAGAUUGAAGCCACUAAAAUAAAGGAAGAGAAAAUUCUAAAAGUAGAUGAACAGGCAUCAUUGUCAAGACAGGAUGAAUUGAUUUAAUACAACAAAUGAAUAGAAGGACAAUCAGCUGCAUGCCUAACUGCUGGUAAAGAAACAUGCAUGAGAUAAGAGGGCAAAAGUCAAAAUGCAUGCUAAAAAUAAACAUGCCAUGAACUAUUGCUUCUAAAGUAUAAAUAAAUAUGCAUGCUAGAGUGUAUCACAAACAUUUAGAACACAAAGUAUAUAUGAUAUGUGAUUAUGUAUAAAGCAGGACAUUGUUUUUUUUUUUAGAUUUCUGGCUUAAAAAUAUUUAAUGCAUUAGUUGAGAUUUGAGUUUUAGCUGUUGAAAAUACAAUUUUCUGUGUGCAAAUGUUUAGCACUUAAUAUUGUUUUCAUCAUAUUGUUUGCACAAGAAACAUUUUCUUUUUUGUACCUCAUCAUUUCAGUUGAAAAUGUUAUUCUUUUUAAAUUUGUUAUUAUUUACAGUAUAUAUUUUCAGA